CACAAGGAGGCCAUUUUUGUUUAGAAAAGUUGAUUUAAAUUUCAGUCUUAUUUUAUCUCAAUAUAUCAAACUGGAGGACGCAAGUAGCCCACAACCCACAAAUAACAUGUCUCAGUAUAUCCAAGUAGCCGAGGAUGAAUCUGACGAACCAAUGGAAAUUCCCACUGAGGAGGACGGAUCGAUUUUAUUGAGCACACUCAGUGCACAAUUUCCAGCCGCUUGCGGACUGAAAUACAGAAAUCCAGAAACCGGCAACCUGAGAGGUUUGAGGAUGGCUGAUGGCAGAGUACAUCCCCCAGACUCAUAUUGGGGAACAAACGUCUACUUUAUCGUAUAUCCAAAAGCUGAGAAUAAAAGAAAGGGAGAGGACUCAUUGGAAAAUCCAAUGGCUAAAACAAAGCGCAUUGAUAGCAAGAAAUGUACAGAUUUGAUCAUCUUGGGACUACCUUGGAAGAGUACAGAAGAAGAUAUAAAAGAUUACUUCAAGCAAUUUGGAGAAGUUAUUAUGGUCCAGGUAAAGAAAGACUUGAAGGGACAAUCUAAAGGAUUUGGUUUUGUGAGGUUUGCAAGUGUGGAGGCCCAGUACAAAUGCAUGUCACAGCGACAUAUGAUUGAUGGACGAUGGUGUGAUGUACGCAUCCCCAACUCCAAGGAAGGUAGUAUGCAACAGAAUUUGAACAGAAAGGUGUUUGUUGGGCGAUGCACAGAUGAUAUGACUGCCGAUGAUUUGCGUAGCUAUUUUUCCAAGUAUGGUGAGGUGUGUGAUGUGUUUAUAUCCAAACCAUUCCGUGGAUUUGCAUUUGUUACAUUCACGGAUGCAGACAUUGCCCAGAGCUUGUGUGGGGAUGAUCAUAUAAUUAAUGGCACUAGUGUGCAUAUUAGCACUGCCUCUCCUAAGAACUUUGAGCAAAAACAUCAACAAAACAAGCAAGGGAAUUGGGGUAAUCGUGGAGGUGGGCAAGGAAAUAUGGGUGGCAAUAGUAAUAAUGGUCCGAUGGUCGGUGCUAGUAAUAUGGGGAACAUGGGUGGAAAUAUGGGUGGCAAUAUGGGGAACAUGGGUGGAAAUAUGGGAAAUUUGGGUGCGAAUAUGCCACCAUUUAAUUUGAACCCAGCAAUGUUGGCUGCUGCCCAGGCUUGCCUGGCUGGUCAGGCUGGGUGGGGGCUCUUGGGGAUGAACAUGGGAGGUAACAUGGGAGGAGCUAAUAUGGGAAUGGGAGGAGGGGGAGGUAGUGGUAGUGGGGGAGAUUCUGGGAAUCAAGGAGCUGGAAAUCAAACAAGUUUUGGGAGUAAUAUGGGGGGUAGUUCAGGUGGAGGGAGUAGUGGGGGUAGUAACAGUCAAGGGGGGUUUAACAUGGGAGGCUGGAACUCUGGGGGCGACUCAAAUGAGAGUAGCAACAACUCAUGGGGUGGAAAUAACUUGAAUAAAGGGAGUUCAGGGGGUGGUGGAAGUGGAGGAGGGAGUGGAUGGAAUUAGACAUCAUGGGAAUAUAAUAUUCAAAUUGAACAUAAUGACUUGAAACACGUGGAGAACUCAAGAGUGAUAAAGCCAGAGUGAUGUUUUUAUGAUUUUGUUGGUUCUAAUACAUGUGUGUAUUA